CCGUCGUUCACUUCAAAGAACCGGAUCGUUCGCGACCGACACAUCACUGCGGCCUAACGCAGUCUCACUAUUCAGUGGUCUUAAACGGAAUACUUAAAAGAAAAUCUAUUCCAACACAAUCUGAAUAAAGAAAUCACCUAGAGCAGCUCCAAAAGGCCAGUACAAAUACUUCAAUCAACAUCGUCAACAAUCGGACACCCAGUGCAAUCACAAAGUCCUCCAAAUGAAAACACUUUAAGCUGGGGCUGGAAGCAGCACGAAACUGACCCCCUGAAGGUCACAUCCCUCACACUGCUGCUCCACGUUUUGCUUUCUAAUCGCUGGCUGCAUGUUUAGCCAGGUAAUUACCUGUUAAGCCUCUCUGAUGAAAGGCGGUCAAGAAAAGGAAAUACAGGAAGGACCUUUCACAACAUUCACAACACAAGCGGAGCACUGCUUAAGGGGGACGAGAAGGACUGUGCUGAUCGACUUCUCAUUGUUUCUGUUUCUCACCAUUUAGGAAAGGGAAUUAAGCAUGUCCAAGGAAGGAGAGAGGAAACCAUCUACAACAUCUACAACUUCUGCAACUUCUGCAACUUCUGUUGAAUCCAAAGAUAGCAAAGAUGGUGCCUCCACAUCGGAGUCCGUCUCUGAAACACCCAAGAAAUCAUCAAAGAAAUCCAAGAAAAACACUGAGAGCAUGAACAAAGUCUACAACUCUGUGCUUGAUAGUGUUUUUGGGCCAGACAGAGAAUUAGCACAGGCUGAGUUGGAUGAGAUGCAGGAAGCCUUUAAAGAGUUUGACUAUGAUCAAGAUGGAUACCUGAACUACAAGGAUGUGGCUGAAUGCAUGAGGACCAUGGGAUACAUGCCCACAGAGAUGGAGCUGCUAGAGAUAGUACAACAAAUCAAGAUGAGAAUGGGUGGGUUAAUGGAUUUUGAAGACUUUGUUGAACUGAUGGGACCCAGGAUGAUGGGAGAGACUGCUCACAUGCUGGGACUCAAAGAGCUCCAAUCUGCCUUUGUGCAGUUUGACCUUGAUGGAGAUGGAAAGAUCAACCAGGAUGAGAUGAAGGAGGCGGUCAAGUCGCUGCUGGGGGAGAAGCUGAAGAAAGGAGAACUAGAAGAGAUCUUAAAGGAGCUGGACAUUAAUGCAGAUGGAAACAUCGACUUUGAAGAGUUUGUGAUGAUGCUCUCCAUUCGCUAGCUGCUUAAAGGACUAAGCACAAGCACAGGAAACGCUAACACCUCUGAAUCAUUCCACACAAACUUAAUACAAAUAUCAAAUCUUGACAAUUUGGUAAUGUUUUAACACAGAUAUAGACUUCUACAACAUAACGUGUGCCUAAAUCUGUAAUAACUGGAUAAAUGAGGAUGCUGUACGACUUAAAUAUGGAACAUUUUGUCAGGAAGAGAUCCAUGAAUGUUAUGCAAUGAUACAG